GAGGCAAGUUGCUUUUGAACGAGUCUCUCAAGAUCAACUGUAUCCUGUUGCAUUCCCAGCUGUUUCUCUACAUCGGUUGCACUGAGGUGUGAUGCCCAAUACGCAUCACUUUUCAGAGCUGGACCAUGAACAACUUCAUCCUCCUAGAAGAACAGCUGAUCAAGAAGUCCCAGCAGAAGAGAAGGACUUCUCCCUCGAAUUUUAAAGUCCGUUUCUUUGUUUUAACGAAAGCCAGCCUGGCAUACUUCGAGGAUCGCCAUGGGAAGAAGCGCACGUUGAAAGGCUCCAUCGAACUUUCCAGAAUCAAGUGUGUGGAGAUUGUCAAGAGUGACAUUAGCAUCCCAUGCCACUAUAAGUACCCUUUUCAGGUCAUGCAUGACAACUACAUCCUGUAUGUGUUUGCUCCAGACUGUGAGAGCCGGCAGCGCUGGGUGCUCACCCUUAAAGAAGAAACAAGGAAUAACAACAGCCUGGUAUCCAAGUAUCACCCUAAUUUCUGGAUGGAUGGGCGGUGGAGGUGCUGUUCCCAGCUGGAGAAGCUUGCCGUAGGCUGUGCCCCCUAUGACCCCACCAAGAACGCUUCAAAGAAGCCUCUUCCUCCUACUCCUGAAGACAACAGGAGAUCACUUCAGGAACCUGAAGAAACAUUGGUCAUUGCCUUGUACGACUACCAAACCAAUGACCCCCAGGAGCUUGCUCUGCAGUGUGAUGAAGAGUACUACCUGCUGGAUAGCUCCGAGAUCCACUGGUGGAGGGUUCAGGACAAGAACGGGCAUGAAGGAUAUGCACCAAGUAGCUACCUGGUGGAAAAAUCUCCAAAUAACCUUGAAACCUAUGAGUGGUACAAUAAAAACAUCAGCCGAGACAAAGCUGAAAAACUUCUCUUGGACACGGGUAAAGAAGGAGCAUUCCUGGUCCGAGAUUCCCGGAUACCCGGCACAUACACAGUCUCUCUGUUCACCAAGGCCAUCAUAAGUGAGAACCCCUCUAUAAAACAUUAUCAUAUCAAAGAAACAAAUGACAACCCCAAGCGAUACUAUGUGGCUGAGAAGUAUGUGUUUGACUCCAUCCCUCUCCUCAUCAAGUAUCAUCAGUACAAUGGAGGAGGUUUGGUCACUCGACUCCGGUAUCCAGUAUGCUCCUGGAGGCAGAAAGCCCCGGUAACAGCAGGGCUAAGAUAUGGGAAGUGGGUGAUCCACCCCUCGGAGCUAACUUUUGUGCAGGAGAUUGGCAGUGGGCAAUUUGGGCUGGUGCACCUUGGCUACUGGCUCAACAAGGACAAGGUGGCCAUCAAGACCAUUCAAGAAGGGGCGAUGUCAGAAGAGGACUUUAUUGAAGAGGCCGAGGUCAUGAUGAAACUCUCUCAUCCCAAACUGGUACAGCUCUAUGGGGUGUGCCUGGAGCAAGCCCCCAUCUGCCUGGUGUUUGAGUUCAUGGAACAUGGCUGCCUGUCAGAUUACCUGCGAAGUCAGCGGGGACUCUUUGCUGCAGAGACUCUGCUGGGCAUGUGCCUGGAUGUGUGUGAGGGCAUGGCCUACCUGGAAAAGGCCUGUGUCAUCCACAGAGACCUGGCUGCCAGAAACUGUUUGGUGGGAGAAAACCAAGUCAUCAAGGUGUCUGACUUCGGGAUGACAAGGUUUGUCCUUGAUGAUCAGUAUACCAGCUCCACCGGCACCAAAUUUCCAGUGAAGUGGGCAUCCCCAGAAGUGUUCUCUUUCAGCCGCUAUAGCAGCAAGUCGGAUGUGUGGUCAUUUGGUGUGCUAAUGUGGGAAGUCUUCAGUGAAGGUAAAAUCCCAUAUGAAAACCGAAGCAACUCAGAGGUCGUGGAAGACAUCAGCACUGGCUUUCGGUUAUACAAGCCCCGCCUGGCCUCCUCUCACGUCUACCAGAUCAUGACUCAUUGCUGGAAGGAGAAACCAGAAGACCGGCCACCGUUCUCCCAGCUGUUAAGUCAGCUGGCUGAAAUCGCAGAAUCUGGACUUUAGCAGGGACUCACUGACCAGCCACAGCCGUGGAUCCUGAGUGAAGGAACCAUGUCCUUUUACCAGAGCAUUAAAAGCUGCCACCAGCCCAGGACCCCGGACAGGUGCCUGGACCAUGGUGCCAGCCCCUGUAUAGCUAUGACUGCAGCAUCCUAGAAAAGGCUGGAGGGCCAGCCACUGGGCCAUAGACUCAGCUACAACAGUAGCAGUGUCUCUGUGUCGACCCCACCCCAGCCUCGUGUCGUAUGCUAUCUAAAAACUCCAUCACCUGCUCUCAUUUCUUCCCCUUCUUAGCAAUAGGGAGAAGCAGUAAUAGGCCACAUGCUUCUUUUUACUUUAAGCAUAGGUCAAAUAUUCAAGGGGCCUUUUAUUUGGUUCAAUGAGACAAUAUCCCUGUUUACGUGUGGAAGAAUGGAAGAGGUGAUUAACCAGGGGGUUCUGCUACUGGGAAACUGCCAGCCACAACUUCCUGCCUCACAUGAGGUGGAGUGGCUGCUUGUGCCAGAGGCCGGAUGUCAUGAGGUUUCAGAAGCACACUGCCAUCCCUCUUUGAUGAAGCAUGGAGCGCUUCAUUGGGUGGAUAGAGUGGAAGGAGCCAUUCAAACCCCAUGGCUGGACCACGGUGUGUCUGAGAUUGGUCAGAGGGCCUCUGAUGAUGGGGAAUCAACAGGUACAAAGCAAGGCAUUGGGUUGUUACCGAUCCAAUGACCCUGUUUCCGUAGUGAGCCACGUGGGUGACUGGUCUCCUGUUCUAUGCAGAAUGAUGAGGCAAUGACUACAGAAUGUUCGUCAUUUCCAGCCUCUCAGGAGUGGCAUCCACUCUGCACUACCCAUCUCAACCAAGAGAGGGCAGCACAGUGCUGGUCUGUGUGCCCUUGAGACUCUGGGGUUCUCUUAGGCCUCAGGAGUUCAGCAGUUUUAAGGUUGAGACUUCAAGGAUCUCAAGAUCCUAGCAAAAGGAGGAGGAUUGUUGUCCUCGUUCAGACUAUCUGGAAGGAAAUAGAAUCGAGCACUGGAAGGUGCUUUCAAAAUGCACAAGAUGUCUACUGUUGAUUGGCACUUACACAGGUCACAUGCAUAUAUCCUGAGCUACAAGCCAUUCCUGGAGAAUCACAGUUCAUAUCAACCGGACGACACCAUGGAACUCAGUGUUUUCAAAGGCCAGACAGCUGCCCGGAGUGACAGAACUGGGAAGGACAGAGAUUGAAAUACCCCCCCCCCAAAUAUAACUCCAGAGCAACCUCAUUUCUUCUCAACACUGCCUCCUACUGAGACUGGCUUGCUGAGCCGAUUAAUACAAGAGAGGAAGUCAGCUCCUAAGCAGUGCAGCACUACCCAAUGAUGUUGCUCCUGCAUAGACCACUGGGGGGCGCAGUGGGACCCUCCAAACUGAAAGAGGCUCUUGUCUUCAUCUUCACCCUCACCUGGAUCUGAGUUCACAACUUCAAAGCCAUCCGGAAUUAACCCUUUCAUUCUCCCAACCUACCAGAGUCACCUUGCCUGAGGCCAUUCAUACAAGAGCUUCAAAGGGGAUUUCAACCAGUCUCCUGCCAAGCGUUUCCUGUAAUUAUCCCGUCAGCCUCCAGUUGGAUUCCUUGAGAGAAGGACUAUUCCCUGAUGCCAGGCAUACUUGAUUCUCCUAAGGUAUAAAGCUUCCAGAGAAAUGAUCAGAGUUGUGGAUCCCUCUUUCCAGGUCACAUGGGAUUCUGGCAGGCUUGAGACUCAAAUGCAUCACUUCCAGAUAUAAUUACGGUAUCCAGAUAAAACUCUGUCAUUCAGAAAACGGUCUUCCUCAACUGGCCCACAAUCAUCCCUGUUUACUUCUCAGCCUACUGUAUAUUCUCUAUUUGGAACCCUUAAUUUAGAGGCAGUUUCUGGGACAUUCAAUCUAGAAGGAAAACACUGGCACUGAGAGGUGACUGGGGUAUGGUUUGGAAGACUGCCCUCCAUAUGGUGGUAUUGUCUUCCUUAACUUCAGAUCCAAGGAGGCUCUGACAGACCUGUGUGCACCUCUCCAGGGUCCUGCAUGGGAAUGGGAUUCUCGUCAGCUGGUUUCUUUCUUAAUUCUUGCAAAUGGUGCUCUGUAUUCAUCUGUAUCCCCCGAUGCAUAGUUUGGGUUCCACUUGUACUUUGUAGGUCUUGCAAUUUGUAAUGUUUGGGACUAUGUAUUUAUGCCUGGAUUGAGAGUAUUUAUUGCUCAUGUACAAGAUAAAAAUACUGUCAAGCUGUGGGGGCGCACGCCUUUAAUCCCAGCACUUGGGAGGCAGAGGCAGGCAGAUCUCUGUGAGUUCAAAGCCAGCCUGGUCUACAAAGCUACACAGAGAAACCCUGUCUCAAAAAAAAAAAUACUGCAUAUAUGCCUUAUCCUCUAUAGAGGCCACAAGUCAACAGCUGCAUAUGGCAAAAAAUAAAGCUAUAUAUUUUACAAA